GGGCCUCCUCUGCGCCCGCCCCUUCCCGGCAUGCACCCGCCGCCCCAGGCGCUGACGUGGCCGCCGUCAGCGCCGCCAUCUUGUGAGAGCGAAACCAACGCCUGGCUCGGAGCAGCCGCCGCUGAGGUCUCUGGCCAGUGUCACGUCCAAGAAUCCACAAGGAUGGGGAAUAUCUUUGCGAACCUCUUCAAGGGCCUCUUUGGCAAAAAAGAAAUGCGAAUUCUCAUGGUGGGCCUGGAUGCUGCCGGGAAGACGACGAUUCUUUAUAAACUAAAGCUCGGUGAAAUUGUGACCACCAUUCCUACCAUAGGUUUCAAUGUUGAGACCGUCGAAUACAAGAAUAUCAGCUUUACCGUGUGGGAUGUGGGUGGCCAGGACAAGAUCCGGCCUCUGUGGCGCCACUACUUCCAGAACACCCAAGGCUUGAUCUUUGUGGUGGACAGCAAUGACAGAGAGCGUGUGAACGAGGCCCGUGAGGAGCUCAUGAGGAUGUUGGCUGAGGAUGAGCUCCGGGAUGCUGUCCUCCUCGUGUUUGCCAACAAGCAGGACCUCCCCAACGCGAUGAACGCAGCUGAAAUCACAGACAAGCUGGGGCUGCACUCUCUACGCCACAGGAACUGGUACAUUCAGGCCACCUGUGCCACCAGUGGGGAUGGGCUCUAUGAAGGACUGGACUGGCUGUCCAAUCAGCUCCAGAACCAGAAGUGAGCCAGAACCCCCUUCCCCUCACUUCCUCCU